CCUCGGAAACACACACAUACAUACACAAACACACACACACACACACACAAAACCACUGACAAGGGCUCAGUCCUGCUAUGGCCACCACUACCACAGAGGAAAGCUCUCCAGUCCCGACCACUGUAGCACCCCAGCAGCCUGACUUGGAAGACAGCCUAAAACCCAACUCAGAGGCAGAAGCUGAGCUGGGCGAGACCCAGUGUGACAGAGAGGAAAAAGAAGAUGAGGAACAUGACGAAGUGGGAAGAAGCUGUGAUUCGGAGCAGGAGAAUACAAAAGGGAAGAGUUUGGACCCAGAGUGGGUGGAGGAGAGGUUCAGGAUCGAUAGGAAGAAGCUGGAGACCAUGUUGUAUGCUCCAAAGCAUGAGGGUGUCGAGACGGGAGAGGAGUUUUUUGAGAGAGUAAUGAGAGAAACUAACACUCAGGUGAAAUGGCCAUCCAAACUGAAGAUAGGAGCCAAAUCAAAGAAAGAUCCACACGUGAAGGUGGAAGGGAAGAGAGCUAAUGUCCUGGAAGCCAAAAGGAAGAUACUAGAAGUGUUGGAAACCAGGGUAAACAAGGUGACUCUAAAAAUGGACGUGGCCUAUACGGAGCAUUCUCAUGUGAUUGGAAAAGGCGGAGGGAAUAUCAAAAAAGUGAUGGAGUUUGACCUGCCAGUGAGUGUUGUGCCCCAGGCUCUGCCAGAUCCAGGUUCACCACUUAUCCAGCAGGUAGUACAGACUCUUGGGGUCAGUGUGAGCUUCAGGGCCAUGCCACCCCAGCCUCAAGCCCAGCCGCCCUUUUAUGGAAGUUCCUGCACUGUCUGGGGUCUGCAGGGCAAUGCAGAUGUUGUAAAGAAGGCGACCUGCAUCUUGAUGGACCUCCUGCUGGGAGCAGAGGUUGCAGGCGGUAUUGUCAGCAGCCAGCUGGAUGUCACCUCCCAGCAGCACCUAUUCCUGCUGGGACAGAAUGGCGCUCACUUCCUGAGCGUUAUGCACCAGACCCAGACCCAGAUCAUCCUACCGGACCUCAGUGCCCCUCAGAGUCCUCCCUCGCUGCUCAUUCAGGGCAGCCCUGAUGGGGUUUGUCUGGCUCGGCAGCAGCUCAUGGACUGUCUGCCUAUGUGUUUGAUGUUUGACAUGCGUGAAGAUGGGGAGGCUGAUCCCUGCAAGCUGGCUCAGAUGAUGCGGAACCUUGGAGUCUUCAUUAGUGUCAAGCCCAAAGUAAAACAGACCAGCAAGUCAGUUGUGGUGAAAGGUCUGGAAAGGAAUAUUUCCUGCCUCUAUGAGGCCCGCCGUCUGCUCCUGGGGCUGGAUUCCUCUGAGACUGUUAAGAUAGCUGAAAUGACCCCUGGCUCUCUGCUACCUGGCAGUGGGCUGACCAAUUACUGGCUCAAUAUGUUGCUGCAGCAGCUUCGCCUGUCUGAACAGGGCCCCGUGCCUGUUCCUGCUACAGAGAUGCCGAACGGUACAAAGCCACGCCCCUCACCUCCACCAGGCCUCACCUCUCCCACUGAGGAGGGUAGGGCAGGGCCGAAGGGAACAGAUGGUCGACCUCUGGAGAAGAUUCUGGAAAAUGAGGACCAGUUUGGUCAGCAUGAGAGCUCUGAGGGCGUGGCGAUGUCAUCGUCUGAGACGUGUGACGCUUUGAAGAGCAGCAUCAGCAGGAUCGGACUGAAUGGUCGGAGGGGGAGCCUUCAGGGUCCUGAAAUUGCCAAGGUUUUCAGCCAGGGCAGGCGCCAUUCAACAGGGCAGGUGUUAACAUACAGAUUGCUGAACGCAGACACUGAGGGAGGGAGGAGUGAGCGGAGGAACAGCCUGAGGAGAGAUGUGACUCUGGCUCAAAAUGUUCGCGCUGACUCAUUCAAGGCCGAGGAUUAUGACUAUGAAAAGAAGAAACUGCUGGCAACCAGAGCCAUGCAGAGGAAGCCUAUAGUCACAGAGGUCCGCACGCCCACAGACACGUGGAGUGGCCUUGGCUUCUCCAAGUCUAUGCCAGCCGAGGCUGUAAAAGAGCUUCGCAACAUCAGCAGACGCAACUACAAACCCUACCUGAGCACCGGUAAUAACCAGCAACAGUGUUGGGCUGCUCAGACAGGAAAGGUGGCUAAUGGAAGCGACUCUGAGAACUGGAGGGACAGACGUGGAUCCACAUCUUCAUCCCAGCCCAUCUCUUCCUCUUUGUCCUCAUCCUCAUCUUCCCCAUCCUCACCUCUGACUACUUUCUCCUCAUCAUCCUCUUUUCCUGCAUUUGCCUCCUCAAUGAACCGCAGUAGAAGCGACAAGCCCUCGGAGAGCUUUGCGAGCAAUGGCAGCAGCUACUUCGAAAGCGUGCGCUCACAGAGGAGGGGGUCGACCUGCAGUCAGCGGAGCCCCAGCCCCCACUUGACAGAUGACCUGCCCGAGCUGCUCGGCCAGCUGGGCCUGCUCAAAUACAUCGAUGUGUUUGAACAGCAAGAGAUUGACUAUCAGACAUUCCUCACUCUGUCUGACGAAGAUCUGAAGGAAGUGGGUGUAUCUACCUUUGGAGCACGGCGCAAGAUGUUAUUAGCAAUCUCAGAACUGAACAAAAGCAAGAGGAGGCUCUCGGAUACACCUGCUGUGAAGCCUGGCUACCUGGAAGGUGGUGCUAGUGGUAGACUUCCACGAAUCAUGGAUGUGGAAGCUGCAGCUCAGAGUAGCCGCUGGUGAGGGAAGACGCCAAAUAUGUGGAGAUAUUCUAAUGGGAAAAUAUACAACAAUGAUGAGGCCAGUACAAAAGUCUUACUAGCUCAUUUACUACAAAGGGAGAGGUGCGAGAUUAUCCUGAGAAACUACAAAAAUUAUGUAAAACAUUUAAACAGGGUGCCUUUCUUCUACAGCGUAACCCAAAGUUUUUUUUUAUAUAAUAAUUCAAAACAAGGAGGCUUUCCAUCCAAAACUCAGUUAUGACAAGAAACUAUAUCGUUUCUUGUCAUAACUACACAAAGCCCACAGGAACAGGAGAAAAUGUUGAUUUUUUUUUUUGUCAUAAAGUGCCUUUCUGAUGCAAACUCUAUAUUUUGACCAUAUUAACCACAAUCUUUAUGCAACUGUAACAUUUACCCAAGAAAAAAACAUGUCAUACUGAUGAUAAUUAAAAGGUUGCUGUAAAA